AUGGCGUUUCUAGCAGCAGCUCCAACUGCCACGCAGUAUUUGACGUCCUCGUCUGUUUCCCAGCAAUACAAUCACCUGCCGUGCGGCAAAACGACGACCCACCUCUGUUUUUCUUCUUCUUCGCUCUCUGCGACCCAGCCACAGCAAGGGUUUGGUAAUGCUCGCGCUCUUACUACCGUUGGGAGGCGUCAGGGGAACUCGUCGUCUUCUCUGGAAGCUCCAGAAGCUGUUAAGCAUCAUAUUGGAUCGAUUUCCCAAACUGAAGGCCUCCGUUUUGCCGUGGUGGUUGCUCGAUUCAAUGAGAUCGUGACUAGGCCGCUUUUAGAGGGAGCCAUCGGAACUUUCAGGAGGUAUUCCGUUGAUGAAGAAGACAUUGAUGUUGUGUGGGUUCCUGGUGUUUUCGAAAUAUGUUUAACCGCUGAAAGGCUAGGCAGGUCAGGGAACUACAAUGCAGUGGUGUGCAUUGGCGCUGUGGUACGAGGUGACACCUCACACUAUGAUGCUGUCGCAAAUUCAGCUGCAUCCGGAGUAAUGUCGGCUGGUCUAAAUUCAGGAGUCCCUUGCAUAUUUGGUGUUCUUACAUGUGAUGACAUGAACCAGGCUCUAGACAGGUCUGGUGGGAAAGUUGGUAACAAAGGUGCUGAGGCUGCUCUUACAGCUAUUGAGAUGGCAACCUUGUUUGAGCACCAGUUGAAGUGA